AUGCCUUUCAAACGGCUGCCCCUGACCGAGCUGUACGUCGAAACGGAAGGGUAUGAUGAUCGGAAUGGAUCCCUCACUCCACUUGACCACCCAGAAUCAUUCGCACCCAUUCCUCAUCGCUCAUCCACCAGCACCCAUCAUCGCUCAUCGCUACCAGGUUGCUCCUCUUGUUUGAAUGCACUGCAGUCUUGGCUGCACGAAGACGGCCCGACGACCAUCAGACGGCAACAAAUAUCCAUGAUUGUUUCACCGCAGACUGCAGGAGCAGAUGCCUAUGCGUCCGUUGAAGUCCGGUCACCAGAAUCACACAAUGCUGUCCGACUCGUCGAGCCGCCCACACGUGGCAUCGCGCUCCAGGCCCGUGUUGGUCAUGCCCAAGCGUCCAAUUUCCACGUGUUGCCAUGGUGCUACGUGAGCCAGGGAGGGAAUUGGAGUGUCGCAAAACCCUUCUAA